CAUCAUCUUCAAAUUUGCUGUUCGAAAUUCUUUGAAUCGUUUUUCAUUUAUUUUAUUGUCAUUCUCAUUAUUCAACCGGCACACCACCACCUUAAAGACUCCCGAUUAAUUUUUUACAAUUAAUCAAUCAUCAAUAUUCCCAAUUUGGACCAAAUUCAAUAACAACUAUCGCAAUGGAAAAUAAAACUCAAGAUGUACCGAAAAAAUGCUUCUGCGCAAGAUGUUUUCUUCCAAUAACUGAAAAAGAAAAAAUUGAAAUCGACGGACAAAACUUCCACAGGAAUUGCGGCACGUGCUGCAUCUGCCGACACAUCCCAGCGAAACUGAAGAUGUUCUACGGCCAUGUCUUCUGUGAAGAGUGCUUCAACAAGUUUGUUCUUGCGAGGCUCCGUGGCGAAGCUCCACAGGUUCAUGUGGAUAGCUGGUGGAUGCAGUUUGCACCGGGAGUCAAGGCACAGGGAACUGCUAGUGAAGGCGUGCAGCAAGCACCCAAGCCCGAAACGAAGCCGGACGCGAAGCCCGCGGAGCAGCACACUGAAGGCAAGCGAUGCAUGUGCGCCCGCUGCCUGCAAGCUGUCGACGACGCCGACAAGGUGGAGAUUGGUGGGCAGACGUUCCACUGCUGCUGCGCGAGAUGCUGCUCAUGCCACCAAGUGCCAAAGGACAACCUGAAGAUCUACUGUGGACAAGUGUUCUGCGAAGCGUGCUUCAACCAACAUAUCGUUAGCCGCAACAGGGACAACCCUACAGAGUUUUUCAGGAGUUGCUUUGAGCAAUGGCAGAACAACCCCCAGUUCGCCGAGAACGUGAGGAUGUUUAUGGAGAGCAGCGCGAGCGCGCAUUCGCCGCUGAUCUUCAUGGCGCCACCGAGCUGCCGGGUCAACGCGGAGAGAGAGGAAGUUGACUCCAAGUGUGCCUGAGUUGAAUAUGAGAAAUUUUACAGCCGCGACCCCCGCCUCGACUCUGGACUCCUCAUGGGACCUCACUAACGACAACAGAAGCGAGGUCUCGUACCCAGGGUCAGGCUCCCAAGCUUCAGUCAAGACCUACAAUAUGGCGGCCGCGGAAAAAAUCGAAAAGCUGACAAAAUACCUUCGAGAUACGUCAAAUUUUAAUACGGAAACGCCGAAAAAAUGGAAAAGAGAUUCGUUCACUCCGAUGGCGAAUUGGAACCAUUUGUCACGGCCAAUUGUGUCGUCUAAAUCGAGUUGUCCUAAAUGUCUGUGGCAGUCCGGUACGAUUUAUGUCAAUCGUGAUUAGUGAUCGGGAGUUUAGUUUUGUUGAAUAAAUUGUAGUUUUUGAACAA